AUUUAAGUUCAGCUACAUCUACACACUUACUCACGCGUGCUGUCAGUCUCACAGUGGGUACAUCUCUAUAUCUCUCUCCUUCUCUCCCCUUCUCUCUCGAGGUGCAGCGAUCCUGCUGGUUGAGCACUUUCAAGAGCAGAUUUGAUCAUGGAUACGGAAUACACUCUCAAGUCUGGCGAUGGCAAGAUGUUUGAGGUAGGCAUGGAGGUCGUAUCGCAUUGUCAGCUUUUACAGUUUGUAAUCGAAGACACUUGUUCGUCUCUGAUUCCAACUCCGAUGGUAAAUGGCGAAACUCUUCGAGAUUUCAUCAAGCUGGCAAAAGCUAUGGAUUCGCAUCCUGAAAUCUGCAAGGAGUAUCUUCUGAAUGUAGAUUUGCCCAUCUUGGUUCAACUUAUUGCGGCAGCAGAUUAUCUCAUAUGUACCAAAUUUUUGGAACUUGCAGUGAAAGUUGCCAAUGACAGAGUAAGCGAAGAGUCUUGCUUGGAUAUGCUGAAUAAGCAUUUAUCACCAUCAAGAUCAGGACACUACGCGAAUAUUUUGGUCGAGAUGAGGUCCAUGAAAGUUUGAGGAAUCGUCCUGGAAAUGGUCCCUCCUUCAGCUGAUCCCAGGAGGGUCUACCAUGUAAGGAUGGAUUCUUUAAGCCUUAGCGCGACUGGAACUCUAGUAAAUUGCAAGCUUUCCAUUAGAUUAUGAGUCAACACGGCUAUAAACUUGGGAAAAUGGUGUUCCUUUGUUUGAAGAUCCGGUAUUUACCGGAUCUUCAAUGCAGAGAUGAGAGGAGGACUUGAACUUCCUCGGGACUUUAUAUGUCUUGGCUGGAGACAUGAGCUUGGUUUUCAAGCCACAAGUGACGAUUGUCAACUGCUAUGGAAUCUUAAGUAUUCUCGACGAGCUUCUUUCUUGCAGGAGGUCAGAUCUGAUGCGUGACAAGGCAUGAAACCAUCAAAUGGAAUCUACCUUAGGACAUUUGAUUUCCUCUUUGGAGCUAUAGCCUAAAACAAGGCGAGGCGCUGAGUUACUGGUGAAAGUCCAAAGCGGGUUAUGCUUCACCAAAUCUAUAAAAAGGUUGAUCUGAUCUUGGACACUAGGAAGUUGCGGAAGAUGUGAGCUUACAUUUUCCACUGGAGGAGGGCAAUGCCCAUCAUCGGCAUGAAAUGUUUCCUACCUAGCAUUAGGAAGGAUGUUUGCACGUGAACCGCAAGUAGCUUGGAUCCUCUGAUGAGUCAAUACUUCAAGAUACCCAUACUUCCGAAGUGCCCUCAUUCCCUCAUUCUCUUUAGAUCCCUCGGCAAUGAAGAUUGAAGGGAUUGAAAGCUGAGGUUCACUUCGGGAGGUAAAUAGUAUAGAAAACCCUUCAAAAUAUAGUCUUCAUGUUUCAUGAAGUAACAAGUUAAUAAUCAACAAAU